AUGAUUCGAUAUAAACCCACCCGGGUUACACUUGGGGAGAACGACGUCCACGACUGUCUGGAAGGAUUGCUCUUGCGGCAUACCAGGUUUGUCGAGCAACAGGAGCAAGGUACAGACCAGAGCGACAGUGAGAACAACAUGACUGUGAUCAAGAUUGGCAUUCACUGUUCAGUGACAGGCCAUUACAUGAAAGUUGGCAAAGACAUCGCCGUUUCUUCUCUGUGCCUCCAUCCACGGAGGCGCAUAGCAGAGCUCCAUCUGAAGCGUCACGAGGGGACCGAGGGGGGAGCACAGCGGGUACUGAAGAGCACCUCCCCUCCUUCUGACGUGUGUGACGGAAACGCGCUAAUGAGAUGCUUGAUAGACAACACGGGACAUGCCCCAACAUUGUCUAAAUCAAGAAGUGCAGACGCCGACUUCGAGCUUCGAUUGAAGACGAUAGCGCCCGGGCAAUUUGAAGUUUCAGCUCAGUCUCCCAGUCGCUUUGCCAUCAUAUGUUUAGAUAAGAACGCUAAUUUGCAAGCAAGCCCAAUGACAGAGCCUGCAGGGAAGACCCUUAAGACUACAGAAGGCAGCAAGGUCGACACGUCUGCUCCAUCACAUGGCGAACAGGCUGGACUUAUAGCCCGCCAUAAUAAGGGCUCUGGUACUGAAUCCCAACUUUCCGAAGCUGAGCUACCGCAUAAAGCUUGCGAUGCGGCAUCUUUAGACAUAACUUCCAAUAAUGGUAUAAGCAGCUUAGCACCUCUUCCGCAAAUUAUUAGCAGAAGCAAAGAAGGCAAUGAAUAUGAUAUGGAUAAGGAAAGCGACUUGCCCGCCAGCAGCAUCGAACGUGAUCAGCAGGACGCGUCAUACACACAUAGCCGCAUAGGCAUACCCGACGAUACUUUCGCAUUUGAGCCUCCACUGUUCGCCACACAGAUCGAGGACAGCAUGGCAGAGCCGAACGCUUUGAUGUUUACUAAAGAAGAGAUGGACCGGAUUGGCGCUAUGUUGUACCGAGAAGCUGACGUAGCGCUGCAAGGUCUUGUUAACAGUCAAUGCGAAAGGGCGCCUGCUGGAGAGCCAGGCUGGAUGGUGUCUACGAGUUCAAAAGAGCAUGGAGGAAAAGACAAUGGGGUAGAUCCACAUGGCGGCCGCUUGGAACCCGCCGGUAACGAACGAGAGCCAAGCCGGCAUGCCAUGGGAGCAUCGGUGCAAUUUCAGAAUCAAGUCAACCAGAUGAUGGCGGAGCUCUAUUAUCAGGUUGAAGACAAGGCUGAGGACUUUGGACUGGCCUCGCUUAGGCGGAAACCAUUGGGUGAAUGGUAUAAAGGCAUCUAG